UGGUGUCAGUCGUUUGUUAGUGGUAUGGCGUUGUAGUGUUGCGGAGUGAUUAUUCUGAUUUUCAAACAAAGGCCGCGCAACACGUAAAAAUACUACAUGUUUUGAGCGAACGGCUUUUAUGAGCUGGCAACGAGCUGCAAAAUAGAUAAUGUGGUAGGAUAUGUGUGAAUAUUACAAGAAUGAUUAAACUACAUCAAAGUAUUCUUAAACGCUUGCGAAGCAAUAUAGUGGCUGAUAUAGAUGUACAUAAUGGUAUUAUACAGCCACUAAAAUCAGAGUAUAUAUUAAAGCCUCAGGAUAUAGCUCAGAUUGAGGCUGGAAUCUCUAAACAAGAGAAAGCUGAAAUCUUGUUGGAUAUACUUCCAAAUCGGGGGCCAAAUGCAUUUAGUAUUUUUCGUGAAGCUUUACAACAUCAUUAUGAGUGGUUGAGCGAUGAUUUGGGUAAAAUGGAAGAAAGUGGAAAAGCUGUUAGCGAUAUAAGACAUAUCGCUACACCAACUCUUCCACCGAUUUCACCAUUAAGUGUUGUAAGAGAGGAAAAGAUGAUGCAGUUAAAGACUCACUUAGAACAGUUACAACCAAAUCAGUAUGUUGUGCUUCAUGGGAUGAAAGGUUUUGGUAAAUCAUGCCUAACAGCUAGUACACUAAAAGAUACUAAAUUUGUGAAAAAUGUAUUUAAUAAUGAAGUAUACUGGAUCAAAUUUGGUUAUGAACGUUCAGUUGAUGAAGAAAUAUUAAUUCAAUUAAACAGACUUUACCACCUUGUUAAAAAUAUAGAAAUGCUGCCAGGAUCGUUAAAACCAGAGCCUUUAAGAGAUUCGCUUAUUCAUUACUUAAAGUAUCAUUUCAGCAAAGAAAAGCAUGCUUUAUUAAUUCUAGAUGAUGUUUGUUACCCUAAAAUAAUUGAUGUAUUUGAUUUUGAUUGCAAGACUUUAGUAAUUACAGCUGAUCUAGAUGUUGUAUAUGAGAAAAGACCUUUUGUUAUUAAGAUGAAUGAUGGCUUCACAGAAACAGAAACCUUAGGCCUUUUUGCCAAAGUGUUAGAAACAGAAAUAGAUAAACUUCCUCCAGAAGCAAAACAAAUUCAUGAGGAAUGUAAAGGAAUGCCUUUAUUAAUAGCUAUGUUUUCAGCUCAAUUUGAAGAAUUUAAACAUGACAUGAAUCUAAGAUCAGACAGAUGGAAAUAUUAUUUAAACUCUUUGAGAAAUAAGGAUGAAAAGAAUAAAGUAAUUAAAAAAUUUUUGGAAAAGCAAGAAGCAAUUUUUAAUAUGUGCAUAAAUCAGUUACCUCCCGAAAUGCGGGAACGUUAUGAAGAAUUAGUAAUAUUUAGAGAAGAUGUAAAUAUAACCCCACAGAUAUUGGAAGUUCUUUGGGAAGGGUCUCCAUUUCAAGUUGAAGAAAUGAUGCUCGACUUUUGUCAUAAGUCACUUGCAGCUAAACAAUGGAACGAUGAAUUACGUAGCUAUAUCUACGGUGUUCAUGAUUUGUUACUUUGUCAUCUUCGAAAAAAAAUUUCAAACGAUGAAUUUGUACAAAUGCAUAAGUCACUGAUCGAUAAAUAUCGUAGAUAUUGCAAAGAUGACUUUUCAAAACUUCCCGCGGAUAAUUAUAGUUACUCGUACCUCGGGUACCAUUUGGAGCAAGCAAAAUUGUACGAUGAAUUUCCAGAGAUAUAUUUAAAUCUUAAUUUUAUACAAGCGACAAUAAUUCACAGUGGUUUGAGCAAUCUACUGAUUGAUCUAGACAAUUACGAAAAAUACAUUACUAAAGAUCAUGAUACAGAAUAUGAAUCACGUUUUAUCGAUCUAAAAAAAUUCUUGGAGGAACAAGCGAGCACUAUCGCGGAACAUAGACGUAAAAGAUGUUUGGAUAUAGUACAGAUAGCUAUGAAUCAUUCUUAUGAUGGCUAUAUAAAAGAUACUGCUAUCAAACUUGCACGGGAAAGAUCGAAAUAUCUAUACGUAUUUCAUGAUAAAAAGUUGGAACAGAAGGAUAUACCACUGAGUGAAGAAAUGUCAACAGAAAUACAUACUUCGUGUUUUGCAUGUGAUCCGGAUUUAAUUCUGAUUGGAUGCAGGGGCGGUGAAAUAUUUUUGUGGAAUAGCAUUUACAAAAGACAAGAAGUUUUCAGGGGACAUGAUAAAACAAGUUGCAUUAAAAAAAUUGUCGUUUCUACAACGGCAGAUUGCUUCUUAUCGCUGGAUGAUCGCGGUAUAGUAAAACUUUUCAGGCUCUCUGACGAUGACAAUUAUGAACAGAGUCAAAUUGGACCACUAAGUCCUAAACAGAAACAAGUUUUUUGGAGUGGAAUCUUUACAAGUAAAGUUCCUCAUGACGAUAGCUCAAUGAUAUUUAAUAUUACUGAUGAAAUUAUACUAGAUGUGACAUUUACACAUGACAGCAAUUAUAUUGCGGCUUGUACAAACAAGGGAACAAUUACGGUCUGGGAUCGUUGUGGGAAAAUAUUAGCAAAUUACAGCCAUAAUCCACACAGUAACAGUUAUUUUAAAAGGAUAGCGUUUACAAUUGGAAGUAACUUGCUCCAUAUAAUGGAUGAAGUACAUGGUGCUCUAAUAUCGUACUGUAAAUAUGGUGAUGAAUACAAAUAUUUGUCACAGUAUAACCUAGACUUACAAAAAAGGAAAGUUAUUUUCUUCCGUGAUGUACCAAAACAAAAUGAUUCCUUAUUCAUCGUUACUGAAGACAAAGCUAUACAUGUAAGAUGGUGCAGAGCAAGCAACAGUCAUAUGCAUAGUUAUAAUAAACAGAUACGAGCAAAUGUCGAGAACGGGAAAACUGUUUAUGUUUGUGCUGCUAUAACUAACGAUGGCCAGUAUUUAGUUUUAGCGGAUUCUGACGGAUUUAUAAACGUGUGGAACACGAACGCUGCAUACCAGUUACUAGCUACUUAUAAGAGCCGCGUUUCUUCCUUGGAUACGUAUUGGCUAAAAGAAGAAGGUUACCAUAUUAUUUGUGGAAGUGAAAACCGCUUACUUCAUAAAUGGAAAUUUCCGGUAGAAGGAACUUCUAAAGUGACAAGGAAAUUUUUAUUUGAUGCAGUAUUUCAGGACCAUCCUGGUUCGGUAGACACUCUUGUUGUAGAAACUGUUUCAAACACUAUUGCCAUAUUAGUCGAUGAUGAUAUAAAAGCAGAGACAAAACCAUUUGACGGAAGAUUAAAUAAUUUAUUUAUUUCACCGAACGGGCAGAAUAUAGUCUGUGUUAAUGAUAAAGGCAUUGUUAAUUUAUUUGAUGUAGCAACUGCAGAAGGCAGAGCUGUAUUAAACCUUUCAUCGAAUAUAGAAUUAAUAAAAAUUUUAGACCUAGAAAAUGGUAGCGUGCUCGUUUGCAGAGGGACAGAUGAUAAUUUGCGGGUAUGGGAAAAUACGAAAGUAUCAUAUUUAGUUGAAAGUGCAGGAUACGUUAUUUCAAUCCAUAAAGUGCAUGAAAGAUGCGUGCUAACAGUGACACGAAACGGUAUAAUAACACUGUGGAAUGUCAAUGGCACUAAUUGGUUACGAAUAUGCAAAGUAACUAUUAAUAAUUUAGAUAUAGAGACUAUCUGCAGUUGUUUGAGCUACCAGAAAAAUUUUCUAGCAGUGUUGAAUAACAACGGGGAAGUAGCCGUGUAUAAGUUGCAGGAAGAUACGAUAACACUACCGACGUGUAUAAAAGUAACGGAAUAUUUUAGAAAGAAUUACAAUAAAAGACUAACGUGUUGUGAAAUAUCUGAAAAUGAAAAUUAUUUAGCUGUUGGUUUCGAAAAUGGCGAUAUUUCUGUUAUUGACAUGAUAAUGCAAGAUGAAAUACGUAUAUUACGUUUUCAUUCAACUUCCGUGUCUCAGUUACGCUGGGCUCCUUCCCUAAUUGGUGUUCCAAUUUUGCUCUCCGUCAACUCCGACGAACUAGUUUGGUGGAACAUUACCUUGGCUCUAUAUGUGAGCAAACCAAAAAGAGGAAUAUGGCGUGGAAUAAAUCGUAGCAUCAGUACUCCUACUGUUACUGACAGCUCAAAAGUCAGUUCACAUAUAAGUACUAGUCAAAGUGCAGAUUCAAAUAUAUUUGAUACUAUAAAAUGCCAGCCAGAGGAUAAUAGUAAUGGCAUUCAAGAUCUAAGUAAAUUCUGGAAAUCCAAGGAAGGUAAAGAUCAUAUGCAGCCAGCUUUGUUAGCUGUCGUUGAAUUGCCUUCGAAUUUUCUUGCAAAGGUAUGCAUAUCUACAGAUUUUACUAAGUUUGUUACCGUUGACAUAUAUGGUUCUGUUAGUACUUUCACGUUAUGUGGAUAUAAUUAAUGAUUAUUUUAAUUAAGAGUUACGUUAGAAUAUUGCAAAGGUGCAAUAUCAGAGAUAAGUGAUUUUUUAUGAACAUUUUACUUGUGAUUAUGAAAAAGUAAUACUUACUUUUGAACUGAAUAUAGUGAAUUCAGUACAUGGUAGAUAUGAUUACUUUAGCAAAAUGAAAUAUUUUAUAAGUAGAGGAAAAGUAUAGAUAAUGCUGUCAACUGAUGGCCAUUUUGAAUAUGUUGAGAUACGAAUGACUUUUUAUACAAUUUUAUUUUGACUGAUGCUCAAGACUACACAUAAGAAAUAGGUAAAUUUUUCUAACAAUAACCUUGACACUGCCACAUGCAUUUACCAGAAAAUUUUGGAUCUCUACAUAAAAAAAAUAAUAGUUUUGACUGUUUUUUUUUAUUACUGCAUUUUACAUACAAUAAGAACUUCAGAAUUUUUGAUGCAUUUACAUCUUUUGAGAUACAUGUUAUAAGACGAGUCAGGUUGCAAAACGUAUUUCAUACAUUUUUCCUUAUAUCUUUGUACAAAUACCUUUCUUUUAUUUACAACAAGUAAUUAUAUUUUAAUUUAAUAGUUUAUGAUAAUAUAUAAUUUAUAAGUAUAUAUUUGUUCAGUAGGAUUCAUAAGUAUUAUUGCAAUAUAAAGUAUAUUUUAGUGCUGUAUACGUAACUUUUGUAAAUACGAACAAUUGUUUAAUCUCAUGAAUUAUAACAAGAAUUAAUCACUUAUGGUUUUGGUGAUUAAAAUUUUAUUACAAGUGCUGUAUGGAAUAGAUAAGAUGUGCAUAAAAACCAUAAAAAUUUUAUAAUGAAAAAAUUUCAUUACAUACUACUUUGAUACUAUUCUAUUUUAUAUUUUAUAAAGAGUAAAAAAGAAAAAUCUGUAAAUACCACCAAAAAUACGACAAACUUAUUUUCGUUUCUACAAUAAUAUAUUUGAUAAAAUACGUAGUAUGUAUGAUGCAUUUAAAAAUUUGAUGAUUUAGUUUC